AUGACAUCUACAUCAAUUAUAAAACUCCAUACUGUGUCGGGGGCAAUGGAUGAAUCUCCUCCGUGCUAUAUACUUCAAGUUGAUGAAUUCAGGUUCCUCCUAGAUUGUGGGUGGAACGAAAAAUUUGACCCGGAGUUUAUCAAAGAAUUGCGCCGAUAUUCCAGCCAAAUUGAUGCAGUUCUCUUAACCUAUCCAGAUCCAUUGCACUUAGGUGCGCUACCUUACAUGGUUGGCAAGUGUGGUUUAAGUUGUCCAAUAUAUGCAACCAUCCCUGUUUACAAAAUGGGCCAAAUGUUUAUGUAUGACCUCUUUCAGUCAUGGCACAAUAACUCUGAUUUCUCCUUAUUUACGCUUGAUGAUGUGGAUGCUGCAUUUGACAAGAUAGUUCAGCUAAAGUACAACCAGAGCAUUUCAAUGAAAGGAAAGGGUUUAGGACUCACUAUCACGCCAUUACCUGCUGGACACAUGAUUGGAGGUACAAUAUGGAAGAUAGUAAAAAUUGGAGAGGAGGAUAUUAUAUAUGCAACAGACUUCAACCACAAAAAAGAGCGUCAUCUUAAUGGGUGUGAACUUGAAAAGUUGCAGCGUCCAUCACUUUUUAUCACUGAUGCUUUCAAUGCAACAUAUCAACAAGCAAGGAGAAGAACUAGAGAUGAAAAGCUUAUGACCAACAUUCUUCAAACUUUGCGAAACAAUGGAAAUGUUUUGGUCGCUGUUGACACUGCUGGGCGUGUUCUUGAAUUAGCUCAUAUGUUGGAUCAACUUUGGCGUAACAAAGAAUCUGGACUUCUUGCAUAUUCAUUGGCACUCUUGAAUAAUGUUUCAUACAAUGUGGUUGAAUUUGCCAAAAGUCAGAUUGAAUGGAUGAGUGACAAAUUAAUGAGGUCAUUUGAAGGGGCACGCAACAACCCUUUUCAGUUCAAGCACCUUCAAUUAUGCCAUAGUAUUGCAGAGCUGAACAAAGUACCAAGUCCCAAAGUGGUGUUGGCGAGUACGCCAGAUAUGGAAUGCGGAUUUUCUAGAGAGCUUUUUUUGCAAUGGUGUGGCAAUCCUCAGAAUAGUAUUAUUGUGACAUGCAGAACAUCCCCAGGCACAUUGGCACGAGAGCUCAUUGAACAUGGCUCUGGCUGUACUCUUCAGCUGGAAGUGCAAAGGAGAGUUCGUUUAGAAGGAGCUGAGCUCGAUGAGCAUUACAGACGCGAACGAGAAAUGAAGGAAACAACUAAAAAGAAAAAGGGGGUGGAUCCUGAGCUGAGCUCUGAUUCUGAAGAUGAACUGGACCACACAGCUGUUUCUAAGGGAAAACAUGACCUCUUAGUGAAAAACGAAGCAAAGUCACAUCCUGGAUUUUUCAAAAGCUCUAAAAAGCAAUACCCUUUGUUUCCAUUUUUUGAAGAAAAAAUGAAAUAUGAUGAAUAUGGGGAGCUUAUCAGGCCAGAAGACUAUAAACUAGUAGAUGCUGGAAAUGAGGUUGAAGCUGAUAAGGAAAACAUUAUUUUAAAAGAGAUGGACAUAGCAGAUCCCCCUGAGGAAGUUCCAACUAAAUGUAUCACUGCAACUCAUACAGUCCGAGUGGCUGCCCAAGUUCAAUUCAUUGACUUUGAAGGAAGAUCUGAUGGAGAAUCAUUACAAAAAAUUUUGGGCCAACUACGGCCUAGGCGAUUAAUUUUGGUUAGAGGCACACCUGACAGCACACGUGCAAUGAUGCAGCAUUGCCAACAGUGGACUGAUGCAAGAAUAUUCGCCCCUAGUUUGGGAGAUAUCAUUGAUGUCACCACAGAGACUCACAUUUAUCAGGUACGAUUAACGGAUGCCCUAGUUACCUCUCUUGAUUUUAAAAGGGGUAAGGAUGCAGAGCUGGCUUGGCUUGAUGCUCAAAUUGUGAGUAGAGAUGUCACCCGAGAUGCCGUACGUUCUUCAAUGGAUGUGGAUGAUGAUGAGGAAAAAGCCAAGUUAUUGAAGGAUGGCAUGGAAGACGAAAUUUUCACCUUAGAACCAGUUUCUAUGAAUGAGGUUCAAGGCCACAAUACAGUUCUUAUCAAUGAACUGAAGUUAUCGGACUUCAAACAAGUUCUUUUAAAACAUAGCAUUCCUUCAGAGUUUUCUGGUGGUGUCUUAUGGUGUUUUAACAAUACUAUUGCAGUUCGAAAGGUUGAAGCAGGCCAUGUUACAUUGGAAGGCUGUCUAUCUGACGAAUACUACAUGGUCAGGGACCUAUUGUAUGAACAAUAUGCUAUUCUGUGAUGUUUCUUUUGUUGUUGAUUUUUCUCUUUGUGUGAAUAUAUGAGGUUUUCUUUUCUAUAUCCUUGUGUAUAGCAGUGUUUAGGUCUAGAAUAAAUUUGAGACUUUUUAAAAAUUGGAAACAACCUUCUUGGCCUACUUUGGUGACGCUGCUCUGUCUAGGGCUAGCUUUACCUAGGAUGCAAAAGAGUUCCCGCCGUCGGCGGGGAGGCAGGUUCAUCAAUGAAAGAUUCUAAUUGGUAUCAGAAGUUUUUAUUUGUGAGCACA